AUGCCUGAUGACUCGCUGCAAGCGGCAGGCAUCCUCCUAGCCUCUGCAGCGCUCAGGCUGUCCCUCUUCGCCACUUCGCUCCCCGAGAAAUUGGCCCUCUGGCCAGAAAUAUCGACCCCUCUGACGAGCUUUCGACAUUUACGAGAGGGCGCACAUCUUCGUCAGCUUGGCAUUGAUCCCUAUGGCGGCUCAAGUUUCCAUCAGGCACCCGCUCUGCUGGCUCUGUUCUCCAGCGAGUUUCUAGCCUCAAGAUGGUCGACAGCUAUGGCAUGGACAGUGGUAGACCUACUCUCGGCUCUGAUUGUCUGUCGACUCGCGCAGCAGAGACCGACGCCCACGCCAUUGCGCGUUCUUGCAAUAGCUAGCUUCCAUCCCUUCACAAUCGUCAGCUGUCUCGCGCGCACCACUGCGCCGCUAGCCCACGCCAUCACCCUUGCAUCUAUCCUUGCAAGCAGCUCAGGACAUGGCUACGCUAGCAUGAUGCUAUUGGCUUUGGCUUGUCACGUCUCGCCCGUCGCGAUCCUCUUGCUUGCACCCGUCAGCAUGCUGUCCCUCAGACAAAGCCCAGGGUCUGUCAGGGGUGUGUCACUGAUACAUUUGAGCAUGUUCUUCGUGUCGACCGCAGCGCUGCUUGCCUUCUCACGACUCUGGCUUGGCUCAUGGAGUUUCAUGGACAGCUACAUCGUCUUUCUGACGGUGUCUGAUCUGACCCCCACGAUCGGCCUUUCAUGGUAUUUCUUCAUCGAAAUGUUCGACCACUUUCGAUCAUUCUUUGUCGCCACAUUCCAGCUGCAUCUGCUCAUCUACGUAGCACCCGUCUGUAUCAAGCUCAGACGCGAUCCUUUGUACGCAUGUGCGACGAUCAUAGGCAUCGGAAGCCUCUUUCAGAGCUAUCCCAGCGUCUCAGACGUGGCACUCUACCAUUCGCUUCUGCCUCUAUACCCAGAGAUAAUGCCUCACUUGAGGCAUCCUAUGUUGACGGCUUGUCUGCUGCUCUACGCGACUGCAUUACUCAAAUCGUUUCAUCAUCUCUGGCUCUACGCAGGGUCGGGCAACGCCAAUUUUUACUAUGCUUCCACGCUCGUUUGGAACCUCGGUCUCGGACUCGGUCUGAUCGACAACGUCUGGGCUUUCCUGACGCACGACUUCCUGACCAGACACAAGCUGGACAAGGAUACCACCGUCGUAUCACAGCGGUGA